GGCAAAGGUGUUUUUGUUUUUACUCAUCCCAGUUUAAUCCGUGGGCAGGACUCGCCUAAUAAUAUUUCUAGCCCCAGCAGCUCACAUCACAGACACCACAGCUCUCGCUCGCUCGCUCUCGCUCUCUCUUUUUUCAAAUGAUCGCUCUUUCGCUGCCGCUCCCGAGCCCCCCAUCUCCACAGUGUGCAUGACUCCUGGCAAGAGGGCCGAGUCCCCCGUGCCUUUCCAAUGUGUCUUCUCUUACUGGGUCCUGAGCCGAUCCCCGGGCGAUAGCCACCGCUUGCGUCUCAUUUUGGCAAGAAGAUAUUCCCCCCCCCACUUGGUUUGCUCCUGCUCUGCUUGCAGCGGUCCCCCCUCCUGGCAUUUGUAGGGCUGCAAUUCACCCUCUCUCCCUCCUUCCCCACCCCCCUUCUUGAAUUGCUCCGCGUUACUAGCGAUCCCUGUUCCCAAAGCGUACGGGAGAGAAGAGAGCAGAGUCCCCCCCUCCUCCUCCACCACCAGCACCGCUACCACCAUCACCUCCUCCUCCUCCCCUUCUCUCCUUUUUGGCAGCACCAGGACGUCCGGUGUGCGGUGGUGGCAGCGAGCGGCGAGCGCUCGGGUUGAAUCCCCCCCGCACCCCCCUCCCCAGCUUUCAAGGUGCUCGGAGCGAUUGUUCCCGGCUGAGCAGCGGCAGCGGCAGGAUGAGCACACGAGGGGAAGGAGCCGGCCAGCCUUCCACUUCCACUGCUGCCCAGGAGCAACCUGCAGCCACAGCGCCUCAGAAGAGAGGACGGGGCAGACCCAGGAAGCAGCCACAAGAACCAACUGGAGAGCCAUCUCCUAAAAGACCAAGAGGAAGACCAAGAGGAAGCAAAAACAAGAGUCCCUCUAAAGCAGCUCAGAAGAAAGCAGAAGCCACUGGAGAAAAACGACCCAGAGGCCGGCCCAGAAAAUGGCCACAACAAGUGGUUCAGAAGAAGCCUGCUCAGGAAGAGACUGAAGAAACUGAAGAGACGUCCUCACAAGAAUCUGCAGAGGAAGACUAGGAGACCACACCAUUCGAUUUCUACCUCAUCAGCAGUUGGGUCUUUUGAAGGGAGAAGACGCUGCCUUGACCACUUAUUUUCUAUGCCAUGGUCUUUCCACUUAUGCCUGGGGGGAAAAAAAAUCACAUAACCUUAAAAAAGACUAUAUUAAUCACCUUUUUUGUAAUCCCUUCACAGUCCCAGGUUUAGUGAAAAACUGCUGUAACACAAAGGGGACACAGAUUACCGAUGCAACUUUUAAUUACUGUUUUCUUUUUUCUUAACCUACUAAUAGUUUGUUUGAGCUGCUAAGUAAGGGUGACUGGGUCAGGAAAGCUUUGAAUCAGAUUUAAGUCAUUCACUGCACUGCAUAUAAACAAGAGACUUGUAACAUAAUUAUAAUGGGCAUUGAAAUAGGAAAGGCUUGGUGUGUGACAUCAUUGGCCUUACAACACCUCCAAGAACCCACUCCCUAGCUUAGUAACUCCCUGUUUAGAACACCAAAGAUAAGGGAUAGAUACUACUCUUCUUUUUGUAACCUUCUUGUAGAUUUGUACUUGAUUUUUUUUUUAAACUUACUGUUAUUUCAGGAAGAAUUGAGAGCUGAUUUUUCACUUAAUUCAGCCAAUAAUCAAAAGAAAGGAAAAAUAGGUACUUUCAUUUUGCAAAAGGGAAGAAAGACAAAGAUACGUUGUAUACUUACAGAUACAAACAUAUCAGCAGAAGUAGUAAUAAACAAAACUCACAGCACUCAUCUUCAGGAAACUAGAAAUUCAGGUAGACUCAGCUUUCCGCAGAGCCAGACAUUUUUACAAAACUAGAGGUGACUAACACCAAAACACUCUCAAGCCAUAUAAAGACAUAGAUUUAUCAAUUACAGUGGUUUUGGAGGAAAAAAUCAUGAAAAGUUAUCCCAGAAUGAAUCAGGAAUUUAUCUGAACCAAGAAAAAAAUGUUUUGUUUGACCUCACCUAAUUUCACCCAUCAUGUAUCAAUAUUUCAAAGGGAAUGAAUCUCUUCUCAUUACUCACCAGUUUUGAUGUAAGAAUCAACAUCAUGUACCUCAAGUGAGCUUGUGUAUUACUUUAAGCAAUAUACUUUGACAUAGGAUGGUUCACUGGGCAGUUUUACUCCAGUGACAUUUCUCCAUCUUUUUCACUCAAAACAGCACUUUUAGCAACAGAUGCAAUAUUACCCCACUAUUCAAUACUACCUCUGAUUUUUACAGUUAAGUCAACAGCCUGAUAAAUACAUGCUGCUAUACACAUACAAUGCAAGAAAUUAUUAUUGGGUAAAUAAUCAUGAAUAUCUCUAUUUUCUCCUUAUUUUUUCUUCAACACUUAAUGACGCAAUAUUUUUAAUGUGUUUCAGCAUGACUAUCUAUUUUUCUUUUUUUAAUGUACUUAUUCCUAUUCUCUGCUAGAUUUCUGUGUAAUGUACUGUUAACUUGAAUAUAUUUUUGUACUGAAUACUCAUAGGUUUGUAAGGAUAAUUUUCAAUGACACUACAUGACAUAGAAAAAAAUUAGUUGUAAUGUUUAAAUAUUACUGUCCAAGUUUGUACCUCAAAUGAAUUGUUUAAAGAAAUGGACUAAUCGAUUGACAAAGACCUACCUCCAGACUUUAAAUGGAAUGAACUUGUUACUUUCAGCAUUAGUUUGAGAUGUUUGAAACAGUUAGGACUGCAACUAAUCCCUAAUUCAAAACUAUUUGUUGUAAAAGAACUUUGCUGGAAAUGAACACAUUUUAAAUUACUUUCAUAUUAAAAACAAAAAACAAAAAAAAACCUUCAAAGAAACUUGAAGCUUUGUAGGUGGGAAGCAACAAGCUCAGCUUUUGCAUAAUGCAAUCACAAAUAUGUGUUUUUGUUUUUUUUUUAAAUUAGUAGAUUGUAAGGAAAUACUUGACAAGUAUUUUCAUGUAUUUUACACAAAUGUGAUUUUUGUAAUGUUUCAAACCUGAUUUAUUUUAAAUGCUUCUUAUGUAGAGAUUUUUUAUUCCUCUCUCUCUCUCCCCCUCUCGCUCUCUCUCCUAGUCAGUACAUCUGCUUUGUGACAUUGUAUUAUUAACUGGGCCGGGGGUAGUUUCUCAGGAAGGCUUCUAUCGGUAUGGCUUUAGUACUGAGUCAAAUGCACCUAAAGAUAACUACUUACUGGCUUCUUCAAAGACAUGAUAUCAAGAAACAAGGAUCUCCUCAAAAGACUGCAGAAGGCUCAUUCUUGGGGACUGCCAAGAAAGAGCUGAUCAGAGUAUUAAAACUAGACAUGUUAAUGUUAACUAAACGAGGGCUAAUCAUAUCCAUUCUGUAGCUCAUUAAAGACUGCAUCCAUUGCCCAUUGAAGUCAAUGGAAGGACUCCAGUUGACUUCAAAGGACACUGGAUCGGGUCCUAACAAUUUCAUGUUCAACAAAUGCAUUUUGGGGUUUUUUUAAAACACAGUGUUCAACAGAUGAAACAGAAGUAGUUGAUGCAUGUGGAUCAAGCUCCGAGGGACUUACAACUCUGAUGAAGUUCAUCUUAUAUUGUCUAUAUAUUGUAGUACAAUCAAAACACAUUACUACCUCUUAGGGCCUACUAUACCUCAUUUUUCAGACUGAAAACUGCUCGUGGCCAUUGAAACAGUGAGAACAUCAUAAAAUUUUUUAUAUAUAUAGUUUAUUUUUAUGGGAGAUAAAUUUUAUAGGACUGUUCUUUGCUAUCAUUGGUCACUAGUAAAUAAAACUGGACAUUAAACUUUUCUACCAUUUCUGCAAGAUAGGUAUGUUUGCAGGAAACAAGUUUCAAGAUGUUUAACUGCAGUUUACUGUUUUCCUGUUCCUUUUUUGCUUUGUUCUUCAUGUAGAGUUGCUGUCUAUGAUUGUACUUUGAAUCGCUUGCUUGUUGAAAAUGGUCCUUUAAUGGAUUAUCACAGUCUGUUCGGCACAAUAAACAUAAUAGCCUCUGUGAUCCCCAAGUUGUUUGAUUCUUAAACUUUUGUCACAGCUCCAUGAAAUGGGUAAUAAAGUUUGGUCACAGUGGGCCAAAUUUGUAAAAGUU